AUGUUGAAUAAGUUUGAAAAUACAUUAAAAUUAUACAAAGAUAUACUAAAAAUUAAUCCAACACAUGAAAAAUCUUUGUAGAAAAUAGGUAAUUGAAUUUUGAAACUUUAGGUGAUAUCUUAAGAGAAUAAAGAUUUUAUUAUCAAGCUAGAUAGAAUUAUGAAAAAUGCAUAAUUAUAAAUUCAAAUAUAUCAGCAACUUAAUACGAGAUAGGUUUAAUUUUUUUUAUUUUUAAAGGUGAAUGCUUACAAGAUACUUUCUAAUUUAAAGAAGCCUUGUAGUACUAUACAAAAGCUAUUAAGAUAGACUCAUCCAAAAAAGAGUACUUCUAUUCUUAAGGUAAUUAAUAAGCUCAUUUCAUUUAGGAGAUUGUCUAACCUAAAUAGAAAGAUAUGAAGAAGCAACUUAUAGUUUUAAUAAAGUUUUAAAUAUGGAUGCUAAUCAUGCUGAGGCAUAUGCAGGAAGAGGUAUUAUAAUUAUAUUAAAAAAUCAAAAGGAAUAUGUCUAUUGUAUUAAGGAAAGAACGAAGACGCAUUAAUUAAUUUGAAUAAUUCAUUAACUCUUAAAUAAACUUGCUUAGGAUUAUAUGGAAAAGGUAUGAUAGAGAUAGUAAAUCUUAGGAUUAUAAUUAUAUUUGAUGAAUGAUUAUUUUGAAGCAAUUUAGUAUUUUGACAAAGCUUUGAACAUUGAACCAUAACAUUUAUUAUCUUUGUGGGCUAAAAGUAAAUUCAAUUCUAUUAAUUCAAGGUGAUUGCCUAAAAAUGAAGAAAAAAUAUAUGCAGGCAAUUGAAUAGUAUGACAAAGUAUUAUUCAUUAAUCCUUUAUAUAUCUUAUCUCUAUACGGGAAAGGUAUAAUUAUUUCUAUAAAUUAAAGGAGGAUGCUUAGCAGAAAUGAAUUAAUUUAACUAGGCAAUUGAAUGGUAUGAAAAAGCUUAAACAAUUAAUCCAUAAUAUGUUGAUUCAUUAUGUGGGAAAAGGAAAUACUUUUUCAUUAAUGUAAGGUGAAUGCUUAAAAAUAAUGAAUAAAUACGAAUAGGCACUUGAGUGGUAUUAAAAAGCAUUGGCCAUCAAUCCUUAACAUGUGCCAUCAUUAUGGGAAACAGGUAUAUAUAAAUCAAAUUCCAUCAGGUGAUUGCUUAAAAAUGAACAAUAAAUUUAUAUAAGGACUUGAGUAUUUUGAAAGAGCAUUAAACAUUGAUCCAAAACAUUUAUUGUCUUUAUGGGGCAAAAUUAAAUAAAUUCAAUUAAAUAAGGCGAAUGCUUAAAGAUGA